AGUCAUGUGCUGUGGCCUUAGUUCAUUAUUGUGAGGCAAUUGCUCAGUGUGGGGAAUCGACUUCUGUCUAUUUUUUCUACAAUGUGUUGGUGACGUAACUAAAUUUACAAAUGAUUUAAAUGAAGGAACUAAUUUACAUGUUUAAAAAAAUAAUAUAGUAACUGAUUUACUAAGCCACUAGUAAUAGUAAAUCAAGUACAAAAAGAGCAGUAGUUGUAGUGACACAUCAGGCGUUCAAUUAGUAAAGGUAACAAUGAAUGUCUCUAAUUUACAACAUUUAAAGAAAUCUAGGCUUAUACAUUUAUGCCUGGCUAUAACUUUCUUCACUUCGGGAGUCAUUGUGAAUCUUAUACAAUGUGUAUUGUAUUUAACACUCAGACCCUUUAAUAAAGUAUUAUAUAGGAAAAUCAACUGGUACCUGUGUUGUACAAUUUAUGCACAACUAGUAUUUUUGGGAGACUGGUGGUCUGGAACUAGAAUUUUUAUGUAUAUAAAUAAAGAUGAAUUUGAUAAGUAUUAUGGUAAAGAACACGCUUAUUGUGUGAUGAAUCAUACAUAUGAAAUAGAUUGGUUAAUCGGAUGGAUGAUAUGUGACAGAAUUCAUCUUCUUGGGAACUGUAAAGCUUAUGCAAAAAAAGUAAUACAAUAUGUGCCAGUUUUGGGAUGGGCGUGGAAAUGUUCUGAAUUUGUAUUUUUGGAAAGGUCAUUCGAUAAAGAUAAGGAAAUUAUAAACAAACAAAUAAUUGAACUUGCAGAACAUCCGGAUCCUAUAUGGUUAUUGCUAUUUCCCGAGGGAACCAGGUUUACUCCAAAAAAACAUGAAGCUUCUCUCGAGUUUGCUCGUAAAAACAAUUUGCCUGAACUAAAACACCACCUUUUACCCAGAACUAGAGGUUUCAUUGCUAGUUUGCCCUCAAUGAAAGGGAAGGUGCCUGCUAUUUACGAUAUUGAGUUAGCUUUUAAGGAAAAUGCACCCAGUAAACCAACUAUCACAAACAUGCUUUUUGGAAAACCAUUAGAGGCGCACAUUUAUAUGAGAAGGAUUCCCAUGGAAGAUUUGCCAAAAACCGAAGUAGAGCAAGAGACAUUUCUUAGAGAUAUGUUUAUUAGGAAGGACAAGUUAAAAGACAGUUUCAUAAAAACCGGGGACUUUUUCGAAACCUCAGGUCUCCCACGAGUAGAACCUUUUGAAUUACCAAGACGACUGCACUCACCUGUUCAUAUAGCAUUUUGGUUAUCAUGUACUUUGAUUCCAAUUUCCUACUACCUUAUUAAGCUGCUGUUUAGUGGAGAGUUAUUGUACUUUUCAGUAGGAGCUAGUAUAAUUGGUGCUUUCUUCCUUUUAUUGAAUAAAACGAUUGGUAUGUCGGAAAUAAAGAAAGGCUCAUCAUAUGGGACGAACACGCCAAAGAAAACUCAGUAGACACAACUCUGCGCUGAAAAACCUCCAUUUCCGUGAAUUAGGAAAUUAAUGUCUGUGCCAAGUGUUUAGACAUUUCCCUUUGACAAGUAGUAGCCAAUUUUCUCAUUACUAAACGUAACAACAUUGUUUAGAUGUGUAAAUGAAAUUAAAAUGUGAUUUAUCGAUUCAUUUAUUAUUUAAAAUAUAUUUUUAAUAAUCUUUUUAUUCUUUGAUAUUACUGGGAAUACUGAGCACAACUCAAUGCAUUUAUUGUGACUUUUUUUUGGAUGUUAUAUAGUGUAUAUUAUUUGUUAAUAUAUGUAUGGUUUUCUUGA